AUGGCGAAAGUUUACAAGAAGUCAAGUGGAAACGGAGGACUGACCCUCUACCUGGGGAAGAGAGACUAUGUGGACCAUUUUAACAAAGUGGACAUAGUUGAUGGUGUUGUGAAGCUGAACCCAGCCGAUUUUAAAGACAGAAAAGUGUAUGUGCAGCUGGCGUGUGCCUUCCGUUAUGGCAGUGACGAUCUGGAUGUGAUGGGCCUGUGCUUCAGGAAAGACAUCUGGAUCCAGCACGUCCAGAUCUACCCAGAGAACCACAAGCCCACUCUGAGCGCCAUGCACGAGACGCUGCUGAAGAAGGCCGGGGACGACGCCGUCCCCUUCUCUUUUGAGAUUCCCAACAACCUGCCGUGCUCAGUCUCUCUGCAGCCCGGCCCUGAUGACAAGGGGAAGGCUUGUGGCGUCGACUUUGAGGUGAAAACUUACCUGGCCAAGGACAGGACCGACCCUGACGAGAAGAUUGAAAAGAAGGACACUGCUCGCCUCAUCAUUCGUAAAGUCCAGUUUGCUCCCUCUCAGGUGGGCGCCGGGCCCAAAGCCGAGAUCUGCAAAAGAAGCUUCAUGAUGUCCGACAAGCCUGUUCAUCUAGAGGUUUCCAUGGAGAAAGAUCUCUACUUCCACGGUGAAGCGAUCCCAAUCAAAAUCAAAGUCAACAACGAGAGCAACAAAACGGUCAAGAAUAUCAAAAUUAUUGUGGACCAAACCACAGACAUUGUCCUCUACUCAGCAGACAAAUACACCAAGGCUGUUCUCAACAAAGAGUUUGGAGAGACGGUGGAGGCCGGCAGCACCUACGAGAACACGCUGACCAUCACCCCCCUGCUGUCUGAGAACAAGGAGAAACGAGGUCUGUCGCUGGACGGACGACUGAAGGACGAGGACACUAACUUGGCCUCCUCCACCAUGCUGACAAAGAUUGUCGAAAAUGAGGUGAUAGGAAUCAUGGUUUCCUACAAGAUCAAGGUUAACCUCAUGGUGGCUGGAGGAGGCCUGCUGGGUGGCCUCACCUCCAGUGAUGUCACAGCAGAGCUGCCACUGCUGCUCAUGCACCCUUUGCCUGAAGCGUCUUGA